AUGGGCGUAGGGGCAGUCAAAAGAUACAUCAAAGCCAUGCUGCUUGCUGGAUUCGCCGACUUAGUUGCUAGGGCAUGCAGCAUGGCAAUAGGAGAGUUUGUGGCUGUGUACACUCAACUUGACGUAGAGACGGCUCAAAUUAAGAGAGGAAACAAUAACAUUACCAACGAAAAAGAAACUGCGUAA